UAAGCAAAAAAAAAAAAAAAAAAAAACAGAUAGAGUCAGAAAGAGCUUCUCAAAGCCUCAGCCUUUUCUGUUUGUAAACUGUUUCUCUUCUCUUCUUUCUAGCUUCUGGUACCAAAGCUUUGUACUUUCUCAAACAUAUAUACAAAAUCUUUACAGACUUCUUGUCUCUCUCUCAUUGUGUAACGUAUUAUGCAUAUUUACAUGUCUGUGUCUGUGUCUGUGUCUAUAUAUAUAUGGCUUUGUAUAUAUAGAGUAAAAUUCAGGGUCUGAAAGAUUCUGGGGAGUUGAAGAGCGAGCUGGCUUGGUCUUGAAGUGGUGCUCAGGUUUUUCAAGCAAGAAGCUUUCUGCCCCCGGGCUAUUUUGAGGCUCGGGUGGGUUUUGAUCCAGAAUCAUGACUUCAGAGAAAGAGCUGCCGAUUUGGGUCGACAAGGAAUCCGAACCCGAUAGUCCUCCUUGCUUUUUGCAGAAGUUCAAGCUCUACGAGACUCGCUCGAAUUUUUAUAUGAUUGGAAGAGACAAAAGCAGAACCUUAUGGAGGGUGCUAAAGAUUGAUAGAUUGGAUCCAUCUGAGCUGAACAUUGUUGAAGAUUCCGCAAAAUACACAGAUAUUGAGUGCUACGACCUUCUAAAACGCAUACAUGAAGGAAACAAGUCAAUUGGUGGACUUAAGUUUAUCACCAUUUGUUAUGGAAUUGUUGGGUUCGUGAAGUUUCUGGGACCUUACUACAUGCUUAUCAUUACAAAAAGAAGGAAGAUCGGAUCAAUUUGUGGUCAUACCAUCUAUGGGAUUAGCAAGAGCGAAAUGAUUCCAGUUCCAAAUUCUUCUGUGCGGUCAAAAUUGGCUUAUUCUAGAAAUGAGAACAGAUACAAGAAGCGCUUAUGCACAGUGGACCUGACAAAGGACUUCUUUUUCAGCUACUCAUAUAAUGUAAUGUGUAGUCUUCAAAAGAACUUAUGCAACAGUAAAACAGGACCAUUCCUUUAUGAAACAAUGUUCGUUUGGAAUGAGUAUUUGACUCGUGGAAUCCGAAAUUGUCUGAAGAAUACUAUCUGGACAGUUGCCUUAGUGUAUGGAUUCUUUAAACAGGUCAAUCUUUCUGUGUUAGGCAGGGAUUUCAAGUUGAUUGUCAUUGCCAGGCGUUCCCGUCACUUUGCUGGCACCAGAUAUUUGAAAAGAGGUGUGAAUGAUACAGGUAGAGUUGCUAAUGAUGUCGAGACAGAGCAGGUUGUGAUUGAAGAUGUUCCUGAAGGAUGCCCGAUGCAAAUAAGUUCAGUUGUGCAGAACCGAGGCUCAAUUCCCCUUUUUUGGACACAAGAAACCUCAAUAAUAAAUAUCAAACCAGACAUAAUAUUAUCAAUGAAGGAUCAAAAUUAUGAGGCCACAAGACUUCAUUUUAAAAAUCUUAUGGAGAGAUAUGGAAAUCCGAUUAUUAUCUUGAAUUUAAUUAAGACACACGAGAAGAAGCCUCGAGAAACAAUUCUUCGUGCAGAGUUUGCAAAUGCAAUCCGAUUUAUCAAUAGGAGUUUGUCAAAGGAGAGCCGCCUAAGGUUUCUUCAUUGGGAUUUGCAUAAACAUGCAAGAAGCAAAACAACCAAUGUGUUGGCACAUCUAGGGAAAGUGGCUACAUAUGCAUUGAGCUUAACCGGAAUUUUCUACUGUCGAGUAACCCCAAAUUUAAAGCCUGAGGGUUCAUUCCACAGCUCCUGGUUUGAGAAAAGUGAUGAUGGUGGUGACGGCUUUUCUCCUAACUGUUCCAGUAAGGAUGAGGAUAUUGAUAGUCUAGAAACAGAAAUUAGCGAUGGAAGCGGUGGUGAAAAUAUGACAAGGAAUCACAGUGUCAAAUCCCCAAUGUUUCAGAAAGGAGUCCUGAGAACCAAUUGCAUAGAUUGUUUGGAUCGCACAAAUGUAGCCCAAUACGCCUAUGGGCUUGUUUCUCUCGGACAACAGUUGCACGCUUUAGGAUUUAUAGAAUCCUCAGAUAUUGAUCUAGAUAACCCUCUGGCGGAAGAUUUGAUGAAAGUUUAUGAGGCAAUGGGCGACACUCUUGCAUUGCAGUAUGGUGGUUCUGCAGCUCACAACAAGAUAUUUUCUGAGAGAAGAGGUCAAUGGAAGGCAGCAACUCAGUCCCAGGAGUUGUUUAGAACCAUUCAGCGGUAUUACAGUAAUGCCUAUGUGGAUGGUGACAAACAAGAUGCUAUUAAUGUAUUCCUAGGGCAUAUUCAACCACUGCAGGGUAAACCAGCAUUGUGGGACUUGGAAUCAGACCGGCAUUACAAUGUUGGGAGGCGUAAUCCUAAUUUUACCAAUGACAACUAUGGCAGUUCAUUUAUAAAAAGAUCACUAUCGGAUGGCAAUAUAGUCUGUGAAAGUGAUUCACCUAUGGAAAAUACGGAUGUUGGAUACAAUCAGCCUAUAUCUGAAAUUUCACAAGGAAGUAGCAGAGGUAUAUCAGAGUCCGCACCAGCAAUCUCAAUUUGUGGGAGCGCAAUAUCUUAUCCCAGGUAUCCUCCCACAAUGCCUCGCAAGCAGCUGUUUGAUGGAUUGCAAGAGGAUCAAUGCCUUAACAGCGAUCACAUAUAUUAUGAUGAGCAUGAUGAUGAUUGUAACUUCUCAAAUUUUCUAGAUGCAGACUGGUUGUCUUCAUCUGGUCAUUCUUGUGAAGAAAUGUCUGUAAGAUCCAUUGCCAGCCUUUCUUCAGAGAACCUCGUGAGUGCACCAAAAUUUGAAACGAGCACAUCUGCUAGUGAAUCUGAAUCCAUAAAAAAGGGAACAGGGCAGAGUGACUCUGAUCUCGCAGGCGAUAAUAUGCCACCCGAGUAUUCCCUCAGCUUCAUGAACUGGGUAGCGCAAGGGGAGUUGCUGUUUCUUUGAAGCUAACUAGAAGAUUUUGCAUCAUGACCUCUAAUUGAACCCCAUCCGAAGGAUUUGGGUUUGUACAGAAAAUAAAUGGUAAGAUAUCAACAGAGAAAAUAGUACUGCAUUGACGGAGAAUCAUAUUCUUGAAGGUGGAAAUUAAUUGCUCGGGACAUUGAGAAUAGAGGGGAAGUAAAGAUAGAUAUCAAUAAGCAAACUCUAAUCUUCACAGCUUCAUUUAGGUUUUAGAUUUUCAAAAAGUGGGUACUUGUAAAUAGUUAAAUAACAACAAAUUUCCUCCAUUUGUUCAGUAUGCAGGUCCAGAUUACAUUCAAUUUCCUUUUCUUUU